AUGACCAAUACCUCUUCUUCUUCGAUCUCUGAUCGGAGAAUUGCUUCAAUGAAUAAUAAUAAUAGUACACAUUUAUCAUUAUUGUCCGGUGGGCCUACUUGGCGCCAAUAUAACACUCCUACCUACUCAUUUUCAAUAGCUAGUUCUCUUGCUUCAGGUACACGCUCUCAAUCUCUUAAUUCUCCAAACCAAGCUGCCUUUUCCUCCUCGAGUGGUACCUCAUCGCAAUCAAGUUUGUCGAAUUUGAACAAGCAAUCAAACAUGCUUCCCUCGAAACCGAAGCUCCCUAAUUACCUGGCUGACACGAGCUUUGCAGAGCUGUAUAAUUCUGUUAGUACAGAAGCCUUUGCUUUAAAUGGCGCAAACAACGAUAAAGAUCCUGGUGAACUUGUAGCUUUACCUACAGCGUGGAGUGCUGAUGAUAAGUGUAACUUCUUAGAGCUGUCUGCUGAUAAACUAAGUGUAAGCUAUGCAGGUACUGGAAAAGCAGAUACGGAUGCAGCUGCUAUUAGAGCUAAUUAUCCGAUACCUCCUCAAUGUGGAGUGUUCUAUUUCGAAGUUGAUAUUAUAAAUAAGGGAAAAGAAGGGUUCAUUGGAAUUGGAUUCUGCGGUAAAAAUGUGCAAUUAAUGCGAUUGCCAGGUUGGGAACUGCAAUCGUGGGGCUAUCAUGGUGAUGAUGGUAAUUCCUUUUGUUGUUCGGGUACGGGCAAAACCUAUGGCCCAAAAUUUACAACUGGAGACACUAUCGGAUGUUGUAUCAACUUCCGUGAUGGCACUGCAUUUUAUACAAAGGGUGGAGUGAAUCUGGGGAUUGCAUUCAGAGAUUUGAAAGGCAUUCUUUACCCUUCGAUAGGGUUGCGAACUCCUGGUGAAAAAAUACAAGUGAAUUUCGGUCAACGAGAUUUCGAGUUCCCAAUCAAGCUAUAUAUGAAGGAAGAAAAAACUCGGCUAUGGAAUUUUAUCAAUGCUGGACCAAUACCUCCCUUAUCAACCCCUUCUCUAGGUGCUGUUGCAGCAAUAAACUCUAACAAUACUAACAUCACCUCCGCCUUCUCUACCACGCCGACCCCUGUAUCACACGCUGCAUCAGAAGCAAAUUUAACCGCGACAAUACAUCAACUUAUUAUGUCGUAUCUUGUACAUCAUGGGUUCAGUGAAACGGCUAAAGCUUUCUCUAAGGAUGCUGUGCAGCUUUCGAUAAAUGAUUCCAUUGUUACGGAAGGAAUGGAGAUUGAAGAUUCUUCUUCUGAUAUAGACGGGGACAUGUUAAAUCGACAGAAAAUUCGUCAUGCCGUCCUCAAGGGCGACAUUGAUCACGCUGUCAGAUUAACAAACAUAGUUUAUCCCAAGGUUCUACCCUCAAAUCAUGACAUAUUUUUCAAAUUACGUUGUCGCAAAUUCGUAGAAAUGAUCGCCAAUUGUUCUGGUUAUCGUCAAUCGCCAACCAAGGAAGUUGAGGUUAACAAAAUUGUCAGGGCUGAUACAAUUGACACAAUGUAA